AUGUCUUCCAAGCCGCGCUCUAGCAGCAUGUCGCAAGCAUCCGAAAGUUCCCAGACGGCAGCAGACUUUAUCAAAGAGCAGCUUAGCCUCGAGGCAGAAGCACGCGAGGCCCUUCCAUAUCAAUUCGACACUUGCACGCGCGACCUUGGUCCCCUUAGACAAAGCCUCUAUGCAUGUCUCACUUGCAAUCCUGCGCCCGCUUCGUCCGCUCAACAGUACACACCAGCAGGCGUCUGCUAUUCAUGCUCCAUUUCCUGCCAUGGCGAACACACGCUCGUUGAACUGUUCAAUAAGCGCGACUUCAUAUGCGAUUGCGGCACUACGAGGAUACCGGACAUGACGCCUUGUACACUUCGCAUCAAUGCGAAGACUGGGCUGAAAGGCGAGGUGACAGGAGAAGAGCCCGCGAAAACCAACAAAUACAAUCACAACUUCCAAAACAAAUUCUGCGGCUGCGGUCGAGAAUAUGAUCCUCAUGAAGAGAAGGGCACAAUGUUCCAAUGCCUUGGGCUUGGAGGCUGUGACGAAGGUGGCUGUGGUGAGGAUUGGUGGCAUCCCGAGUGUUUAGUUGGCUUCACUCGAGAGGAGUACAGCAAGAUGAUCGAAAAACCUGAAGCUGAAUCGAAGAAUAGUACCACCGAAGCUAUGGAUGUCGACAAGGCAGCGGAAGGAGAGAAAAAGGCUAACGGGAAUGCGGAAGAGACGGUGCCAUCGAACGACACGGCUAUUGCCGACACAGUCACAAGCAGCAAUGGUGUCGAUGGGAACGAUAUUGCAGCGGCUGGCGGCGAAGAAGAAGAAGAAGACGACGACCCGCCCCUACCUCCAGGAUUUCCCGAAGAAGAUGACUUUGACCACUUCCUCUGCUACAAGUGCGUCGCCGCAAACCCAUGGAUCAAGAAAUAUGCGGGCUCAACCGGAUUCCUGUCGCCAGUAUACUACGACAAAGCCAUUGCGCUUUCCCACUCAGAGAAGGUCACUGUCGCUGCCCCAGAGAAUGACAGCAAGAAACGCAAAGCAUCCGAUGAAGACGAAGAGGAGCAGCAGACUCCCUCGAACCUAGCAGCUCCUGCACCGGCUAAGCGUCAAAAGUCUGAAGACCCAAGUGGCGCCCUCUCCAGCAUCCCCGAGGGCCCUCCCACCCUUCCUACACCUCCAAAGAAAGCCGAAGCACCAAAACACACCUCUCUUCCCGCCUUACCCGAACCCGCCCUCACAACCCCCUUCUCCCUCUUCUUCAAACCCGACUUCCGCGACCACCUCUGCCACUGCGAUACUUGCUACCCGCAACUCAAACUGCACCCCCAACUCCUCGAGGAAGAAGACACCUACGAGCCCCCCGUCUCAGAAGACGGCGAUCAAGGCGCGCAAUCCGUAGGCACAGGCAGUAUCCUGGACCGUGGCGAAGCCGCCUUCAACAACAUGGAUCGUGUUCGCGCCAUCCAGGGCGCAAUGGCAUAUGCGCAUAUUAGAGACAAGGUUUCUGCGUUCCUAAAGCCGUUUGCCGAGUCGGGUCAGGCGGUUGGGGCCGAGGAUGUCAAGGCGUAUUUUGAGAAGCUGAGGGGUGAUGCGCAGGGGAUAGAGGAUGCAGCGGGUGGUGCAAAGGCGAGUCGCGAUAAUGAGGAUGGAUAG